CGCGCGGCGCGGGUAGUGGUGGAGCGGCGGCGCCGCGUCCCGCAUCGCGCAGCGCCAACGGUGCGCAGGGGCCGCCCGCAUGGUGGACAUCAUCCUGCCGCGGCCGCUCCCGGGCGCCAUGGGGGAGCCCGCCAAGAGGCGGCCGGGGCUGGCGCUGUGCGCGGGCUGCGGGGGCCGCAUCCAGGACCCGUUUCUGCUGCGGGUGUCUCCGGACCUGGAGUGGCACGUCGCCUGCCUCAAGUGCGCCGAGUGCGGGCAGCCGCUGGACGAGACCUGCACGUGUUUCCUCCGCGACGGCAAGGCCUACUGCAAGCGGGACUACGGCAGGCUCUUCGGCAUCAAGUGCGCGCAGUGCCGGGCGGCCUUCAGCAGCAGCGACCUGGUGAUGCGCGCCCGCGCCAAGGUGUACCACAUCGAGUGUUUCCGCUGCGUGGCCUGCAGCCGUCAGCUCAUCCCCGGGGACCAGUUCUGCCUGCGAGAGCGCGACCUGCUCUGCCGCGCCGACCACGGGCCGCCCCCCGACGGCGCCGCCGCCCGCGGGCCCCGCAGCCCCGCGCCGCCGCCCGCGCACCUCGCAGAGCCGGUUCCCGGACGGCCGCCCGGCCCGCGGCCGCAGUCGCACAAAGCGGCCGAGAAAACCACCCGAGUGCGGACGGUGCUGAACGAGAAGCAGCUGCACACGCUGCGGACCUGCUACGCCGCCAACCCGAGACCCGACGCCCUGAUGAAGGAGCAGCUGGUGGAGAUGACGGGGCUCAGCCCGCGCGUCAUCCGCGUCUGGUUCCAGAACAAGCGCUGCAAGGACAAGAAGAAAUCCAUCCUCAUGAAGCAGCUCCAGCAGCAGCAGCACAGCGACAAGACGAGCCUGCAGGGCCUCACCGGGACGCCGCUGGUGGCCGGCAGCCCCGUCCGACACGAGAGCGCCGUGCAGGGCAGCGCGGUGGAGGUGCAGACCUACCAGCCGCCCUGGAAGGCGCUCAGCGACUUCGCGCUGCAGAGCGACCUGGAGCCGCCCGCCGCCUUCCAGCAGCUGGUUUCGUUCUCCGAGUCCGGCUCUUUGGGCACGUCCUCCGGCAGCGACGUGACCUCGCUGUCCUCCCAGCUCCCCGACACCCCCAACAGCAUGGUGCCCAGCCCGGCCGAGACGUGAGGCCGCCCGGCCCCCGCCGCCGCGGGAUCUCCGCAUGCCGCGCUCCCUGCAUGAGACACCCGGCCCCGCGCCGCGCCCAGCGCGCCGGACGAGCGCCUUUGUCUUUUAAUUAUUCCUAUUUAAAACUAAACCGAACGUACCUUGCCGACGGCCCGAAAGCGCCGGGAUUCUCGCUGCCUUCACCGGACCGGAGAGAGAGAAAGAGAGAGUCCCCGCCCCGCUUAUUUCGUUGCGCGGAGGUUCGGCGCUGCGGAUUUCGAUGUUCCUUGCCCGCUGAAGGCGCAUUGCCCGGCGCCGCGACGGAUCUUCUUCCUCGCCUGGAACAGAAACGAAAACUCGAAUCGAACCCAACGGGGGUCGGAGCCCGCGGCCGUCGGGGCCGCCUCACGCCGGUGCGUCCCGCUGCACCGGGGAGCGGAGACGGGGCGGUGCGACGGGACAGCGCUGCCGGCGGUAACGGCGGCCGGAGGACGGAUUGUUUGAGCCUUUAAACGAACAAAAGUAAGUUAUUGCUAUUUAUUGUCAGAGUCAGCGGUCGGAUGGUGGGAUGGAGGAUUUGGGACUUAAUAAAAACGAACGAACGAACCAAAAAAAAAAAAAA